CACAGCCAGAACAGCUCGGACACCAAGGGAUAUCGAGGACUGGCCAGGCGAAAAUGGACUCGAAAGCGACGAGGUGGAGAUGAGUUUGCUUGGAGAUGAGGAGAGGCGACGGGCAGCUGUGGGCGCAGAUGGGCUAGGAGCUAAAGAGAAGAGUAAGGAAGGGAGAUCUCUGUCCUCGAAGGACAAGGGUGGAAUGGCCCUGUUAAUACUGCUCUAUCUUAUUCAGGGUGUUCCACUGGGACUUGCAUUAGGGUCCAUGCCGUUCUUGCUGCGGGAGCAUCUUUCAUAUUCCCAGCUUGGUGUAUUCUCGUUAGCAAGCUACCCGUACUCCCUGAAGCUGCUAUGGUCGCCCAUAGUGGACUCGAUAUUUCUUCCGUCUGUUGGACGAAGAAAGUCCUGGAUUAUACCAAUGCAGGUCGUGAUCGGCUCAAUCAUGCUAUACAUAUCCUUCUAUUCGCAUGAGCUUUUGGAGAAUCCAGGAGAGAACGUCUACGGUCUUACAGGUCUUUUCCUCACAUUAGUCACGAUGUCUGCGACUCAAGAUAUCGCUGUCGAUGGAUGGGCAUUGACCUUGCUUUCGGAGGAGAAUCUCUCCUAUGCUUCGACCUGCCAGACAAUCGGGCUGAACACUGGCUAUUUUGCGUCAUUCACCGUUUUCCUGGCGUUCAAUAGUGAGGCAUUCGCCGAGAGAUGGGGUCUCCCUCGGCUCACGCUGAGUGCUUACCUCCGGUUCUGGGCCGCAGUGUGCUAUUUUGCGACGAUCUGGCUGUUAUUCUUCAAGAAGGAAGAUAAGGAGAACCUGGACCAAGCAGACAUGAACAUUAAGUCGGUAUACAAGAACAUUUGGGACAUAUGCAAACUCAAACACGUGCAAUCCAUGCUCAUCAUGCAUCUGUUUGCGAAGAUUGGCUUCCAGGCGAACGAAGCUGUGACGCAACUGAAAAUGGUCGAGAAAGGCUUAGGCCGGGAAGACCUCGCUCUUGCCGUCCUCAUUGAUUUCCCAGUUCAGAUUGUUGGAGGAUGGCUUGCGGCUCGUUGGGCCACGCCAGACAAACCGUUGCGUCCUUGGCUCUACGCUUUCUGGCCGAGACUCGGAUUCGCGUUCAUGUCGACCCUGAUCGUGUACUGGUUCCCCAAGCCUCCCAUCUCACCUGCUUUCUUCGUGUUUUUGGUUCUUCAUACUGUGCUACAGUCAUUCUCCUCAACAAUACAGUUUGUGGGAAUAUCGGCCUUCCAUACUCGUAUUUCAGAUCCACUUAUAGGUGGAACAUACAUGACGCUUCUUAAUACCUUCACUAACCUCGGCGGCACGUGGCCGCGUUAUUUCGUCCUGAAAGGCGUGGACAUGUUCAGCAUUGCGACAUGCAAGGUAAAGGAAGCAGGGGAAGAAUUAGCUCUCAAAGCUUCUGAAUGCGUGAGCGAUCAAGGGAAAGCUCAUUGUGCAGAUGUUGGUGGAGAGUGUGUCACGGAGCGCGAUGGAUAUUACUGGGUCUCGGCGAUCUGCAUUACGUUUGGCGUUCUGUUCUUUGUCUUCUACAUCGCGCCGACUGCUAGGAGGCUUCAAGCUCUUCCGCCAGCCAGAUGGCGGGUAACAUUAAAAUAAGGCUCUACUACGGACAACCAGAUGUAGCCAAAAGGAUGUAGAGUCACCGCGUAUAAUCAAGUAUUU